AUGUACAAAUUAUUAGCAGUAAUAUUGUUAAUUUUAACCCUGGCAAAGGGUCUGGCUCAAAAUAUAAACGCCUUAAGCAAUAACAAUAAAAGCAGUUCUGUAGCACGCACUGAUGAUUAUAUCAAUCUGAAUCGUCAACAGUUUGCGAAAACUUUACAGGAUUAUGAAAAUCAAAUUGCAAAAUUUAGACAACUUUAUGAGGGACGUGUUGAAGGAAUUAAUAUAAACCUAGAAAUGCUAAUGAAUGGUCUGGUCCAAAGCGAAGAACGUUUGAAUCCUUUAGAAGUUUUAAAUGAUUUUAGCAAGGAGUGUGUCACCAAAUAUCGUUCUUCGAUACCUACACUAGCGAAUACUAAAACCUCUAUCAGUAGCUGUUUUAACACAGCCAAUAACCAGAUCAAUAAUUUGUUAAAUAGUCCCAUAAACACCAAAAAUUCAUUACAAAACUACUACACCAAUAAUUUCGAAAAGGAGCUAACAAACUGUGGCAAGAAUUUCGAUAAUUCAACGGCAAAUUACACCAUUUGUAUUACCAGUGUGACCUCUACCACAAAUACUUAUACUAUUAACAAUCAAAAGACCUUUGACACUCAAAUGGAUGCAGCCAGCUGCUCUUCCAAUGCCCACAUUAAGAGAGCUUUGGAUUGUAGCUUUAUUGUUCAGAAUCGUACAAUUUCCCUUAUAGCAGAGGCGAAUACGUUGAUUAAUAAAUGUCUGUUGGAUGAUAAUGUUUGCAAAACAUGCAAUGACCGUUUUACUUGUUCGGAUAUCUAUAAUAUUCCAUCUAAUGAAGUUGAUUACAAAAAUGCAACAAUGAGGAAUCCCUUCUUUGGACGUGAAUAUUUGAACGAUUGUUUAAUAUUGAAUAUACAUUAG